AUGGAUUUUGAGACCAUCUCAUCAUCCUUCAAAUUCGGGGGUCAAUUGGGAUACGCCAGUGCUAUCUCUGGCGGUCUCUCCGGUGGCGCUGUCACCAAACUGAUGGUUCAUCCAGGAGGCAAAUUCACACCAGGACUUGUCGUCUUUUCUUUGCUAAGCUACCUGGGACAAGGUUCUUGGAACAUGGUUGAAAGAUGGCAUCUGAGCAACCAAGGCAAGAAGGAAUCAAGGUCCAUAUUGCAGCGCAUGGCCGAUUCCAAAUGGAUCCCGUUACGCUCUCUUUCAGACAAUGACUUCAAGCACAUUCUCAACGAAAAGAUUUUGAGCAUGGAAGUUGAGAUUGCUCUUCUGGACGACAAGAUUCAGAGUCUUGAAGAUGAGCGAGCGGCUGUCGCGGGUCAAAAGGGCGAGCAAUCUUCUCAGGAUGGACGACCAAAGGCUUGUUGA